AUGGCGGGUCGUUUGUCGCUCGAGGUGGCGAAGACGGUGGUGGAAGUGGCUGACGUGGCGUGGGCCGCCGUCGAGUGCUGCCACCACCACCACCACCACCGCGACCACGAUUCGACGCCGUCGCCUCCGGCAACCGAAGAAAGACGGGAUUUUGAUGCUGAAACACUGCGAUCCGACAACGAACGGCUCCGUCAGUUGCUCGAGAAAAACCUCAAUCUCCUCCACCAGAUUUCAUAUCUUGAGAAAGCUGAAUUUUUUAUUAAUGAUGAUAACGAGGAGCCGAGUUUGUGGGUUUUGGUAUCUGAAGAUAUGGUCCCUAAUAAAACUGAAGAAAAGAGUGGCAUUGACAAUGAAAAUUAUGUAGUUGUGAGUGAAGAGCAUGUGGUGGAUGGAGUGGCUACCUUUAUGGCUAGGUGCAUUUUGGCGAACCCAAAAUCUCUGAGUUUGAGCCCUAUCGAGCUACAAAAAGCUGUGACAAAAACUUUGGGAGGCAUGAAUAAAGUCGAGAAAAUGCUGAAUAUUUGGCAUGCUGGGAAGGUGUUUUACCUGCUAGCUACAUGGGGUCUUGCUCUAGCCAGUUUGUACCGAGGUCGAGCUAUGCUGAAACUUGCUACACUUGGGGUUCAUCACUCCAGCAAGAUGGCUCUGAAGGUCUUAUAA